GGAGAAGUCAAGUAAGAGCCGCGGGGACUCUGACAUGGCUGGACUACUAGGCACAUGUGUUUCCCCUUCUCUCACUUCUACUUACCAACUCCUCUCUCCAUUACUAUCAAGACACAUCACCGGGCUGGUGUGUGUGACAGGACCGGACGGGACGGGACAGGUGUGAUGUAUUGCGAUGCCGCUCCUUCUCAUCCACGGUGUGUUUUUCCUCCAGUGUUUGCGGUUCUCCCAGCAGCAGUUUCCCAGGCUCUGCGCCACAACGGAGGCCCUGCUCUCUAAAGAGUGCUGCCCGGUCUGGGAAGGGGAUGGUUCGGCCUGCGGGGCCAGCUCUGGCAGGGGGUUCUGCCGGGACGUGGAGGUAUCGGAUCUCCCCAACGGGCUGAAUUACCCCUUCUCCGGCUUGGACGACAGAGAGAGGUGGCCUCUGGUAUUUUAUAACCGGACCUGCCAGUGCGCUUCCAACUACAUGGGGUUCAACUGCGGAGAGUGCCAGUUCGGACUGUUUGGGGCUAACUGCGAGGAGAGGAGAGAGUCCGUGCGGCGGAACGUGUUUCACCUGUCGGCAGCGGAACGGCGGAAACUCAUCUCUUACCUCAACCUGGCCAAGCACACCGUUAGCCAGGAUUAUGUCAUAGCCACCGGGACCUACCGGGAGAUGAAUAACGGGAGCACCCCGCUGUUCUCUGACGUCUCGACCUAUGACGUGUUUGUGUGGAUGCACUACUAUGUCUCCAGGAAUGCUCUUCUCGGUGGACCGGGGAAUGUCUGGACCGAUGUGGACUUCGCCCACUGGGCUCCCGCCUUUCUGCCGUGGCACCGUGUGUACCUGCUGCACUGGGAGCGCGAGAUCCGAAAACUGACCGGGGACUUUGAGUUCUCCAUCCCGUACUGGGACUGGCGGGACGCGCAGGGCUGUGACAUCUGCACCGAAGACCUGAUGGGCGCCCAGAGCCCGCGAGAUCCCAACCUCAUCAGCCCUGCUUCAGUGUUCUCUUCUUGGAGGGUGAUGUGUUCACGGGCGGAAGACUACAGUGUGAGGGGGGUUCUGUGUGACGGUAACGACGAGGGGCCGUUGCUGCGUAACCCUGGCAACCACGACCAUAACUUGGUUGCGCGGUUGCCGACGGCAGCAGAGGUGGAGUUCACGGUCAGUCUCCGUGACUACGACACGGGAGCCAUGGACCGCUCCGCUAACUUCAGCUUCAGAAACACACUAGAAGGUUUUGGGAACCCUCAAACAGGCCUGGGUAACAGUAGGGUGUUGGGGAUGCACGCCUCUCUUCAUAUCUUCAUGAACGGCUCAAUGUCUUCAGUCCAGGGGUCAGCUAACGACCCUAUUUUCCUACUGCACCACGCCUACGUAGACAGUAUCUAUGAGCAGUGGUUGAGGAGACAUGCUCCAGAGCAGACCCACUACCCAGAGUUCAAUGCUCCCAUUGGCCACAAUAGGCAGUACCACAUGGUGCCCUUCAUACCUCUACACAGAAACAUAGAAUACUUUACCUCCAGCAAAGAACUGGGGUACCAAUACUCCUACAUGCUCAACUCAGAUCAGAGGAUAUCGGAGGUUCUCAGUCCUUACCUGGAGCUAAUGAUGGAGGCGUGGCCCUGGUUGCUAGGGGCGUUGGUCCUGGGGGCGCUGGUUACCAUGACUGUGGCUGCAGUAGCUGCGACUAUGACCCGGAUGUGUUGGAGUGCGUGGCCAUGGCAACUCGGGGAGAAGAGUUCAGUAUUCCACCUACCAGAGAGGGAACCGCUCAUCAUCAGCAGUGAUAGUGAUACCCCCAACUACCACACUAUUUAGUCCCAACUACCACACUGUUUAGUCCCAACUACCACACUGUUUAGUCCCAACUACCCCAACUACCACACUGUUUAGUCCCAACUACCACACUGUUUAGUCCCAACUACCCCAACUACCACACUGUUUAGUCCCAACUACCCCAACUACCACACUGUUUAGCCCCAACUACCCCAACUACCACACUGUUUAGUCCCAACUAUCACACUGUUUAGCCCCAACUACCCCAACUACCACACUGUUUAGCCCCAUUUACCCCAACGAGCACACUGUUUAGCCCCAACUACCACACUAUUUAGCCCCAACUACCACACUGUUUAGCCCCAUUUACCCCAACGAGCACACUGUUUAGCCCCAACUACCACACUAUUUAGCCCCAACUACCACACUGUUUAGCCCCAUUUACCCCAACUACCACACUGUUUAGCCCCAACUACCACACUAUUUAGCCCCAACUACCACACUGUUUAGCCCCAUUUAGCCCAAUGAGCAAGGAGAGUGUGCGACUCUCUUUGUUUUUCUAGCUUCCAGUUUAUUCUCCGUUAGUCAGCACCUCAACACUAAAUCAUGUACUCUGGGGGUGCUCCAGCUCAUACUUUUUAUUGGGCUAUGUUAGGAGUUGUGCCAUGAACAUAUGUUAUACUUAUAUUUUACAGUGCUAUGUCAACUCACACUGCCUUUGACUUUAGUAGGAAUAUAGAGGAAUGAAAUAUUGAAAAAGGAGUAUUGCAUUGGACGGCUCAUAAUGAUGGCUGGAACGGAGCCAAUGGAAUGGCAUCAAACAUUAGGAGACCAUGUGUUUGUAUUUGAUACCAUUCCACCAAUUCCACUCCAGCCAUUACCACAAGCCCAUUCACCCCAAUUAAGGUGCCACCAACCUCCUGUGGUAAACAUAUACAAUAAAAAGACACCCUUUUACAGUAGAUGUGCUUGAUUUACAUCGGAUUGUGCAUUCUUGGGUCAUUCUGUUGGCUCCAAAGCGGGAUCUCUGUCUACCGGCACACCGCCCGAGCUCAACCAAGCGCACCAAUUGAUUGACAAGCACACAAAUCAGGAGGAGCAUGUGUCGGGUGCGUCACUUGAAUCACCGGCAACGAGAUGUGUUCUGGCACAUGUGGAAUGUUAGUUUUAGAUUCCUCCCCCGUUAGUCUAAAAAGUGUGCAAGAGUUCAUGGAGUCUCUCUCUCUCAAAAGGUCAUAACUAUGUUAAAUGAUUAUGAUAUUAAUAAAGAAAAAAGGCUAAAAAAUAA